CGCGGACGUGUUAAAGGGAAGGGGUGGUCGUGUCUCGUCUUAUUUUCCCAUCUAUGGCUUCAUUUUAACGUCAGAUAGGUCGAAAAAGUAGGGGAGAUGGUGGUCACAGAUUCGUUAUACAGUCUCUACCUCCGUGCCCAGGAGAAGUACAAUGAGGGCUGUAAUGAUUUUGAAGAACACUUUACAUGGCUUGAGGAGGUCGUGUCGGCAGCCUGCGAAACGUUUGCCACAACCGACCCCUCUCUCUUGCCAAAAACUCCGGGGGUAAAGAGGACCAAGAAAAGGGCACCUCAGCCAGCGUUAACAGAUAUUUCAGAAUCUCCGCCAUCAAAAAGGGUAUCUACCGAAGAUGCCAAUAGUAAGGAUAAUGCCACAACUCCAGCAGAAGCUCCUGUUAGAAAGGGAAGGGCAGCUGCAAGGGUGGCACAGUCAAAGAACAGGCAGUUUGUACAGCAGUCCAUCAAGUUCAAACUUAGACGUCCUUCGACACCAGAGGACCCUAGAAGGAAUAAGGCCACGCCCUCUUCAAAUGAGCGUGCAAAUCUAGCAGGAAACAAGAGCAGAUCUCAAACACGUGGAACACCGGAGGUCCCAUCUACCCCAGUCAGGGCUGAACAGAAGAGCCAGGCCAAGGUGACAGUUACACCUGUUACCGAAUCCAAAGCAAAUAUUGCCAAAAAUGAGACACCACCAUCUGACAGCCCGAAAGAGACCCUUAAGCAUAGCAGCCCCAGUAGAAGUAGUUCUGAUGUCAGAUUAAAAGGGGAAGAGGAAGCCAAGGCUGAAAUGGACUUACAGCUGAAUCUAUCAGAAAAUGAAAGUGAAACAGAGCAGGAUUUGAAUGCACCAGAGUGCACACAUUAUGACCUGAGGCUUGAGGAUAGUGAGGAAAACAAGAGCGAAGAGGAUAAUAGACUGGAUGACAAAGAUGGUGAUAAGCAUGAGGAUGUGUUUGAGAGCAUGGAAGUUGACAUUAAAGAUGAUAAACCAUCUGUUCAGGAUGUCCCUGAUUGUAUGGCAUCCAGUGUUGUAACCACAAAAAGCGAAAACACAGCUGAAGAAGAUCCAACUACCACGGCCAAGGAUCCUGCAGAGCCUGCUCCUGCUCCCAAGGCUCGCUCAACUCGCACAAAGCAGAAGGCAUUGCAGUUGCCAUCAACAUCUGAAGAAAGUGAAGGAAGCCUUGCAACAUCCAAUUCAAAUGCUCCUCAAUACCCUGUACCAAAACCUCGUUCCACCCGCACCAAGCAGAAGAAGGAGGCCCAGUUAGGUAGCAGUUCCGAUGAAGCCAAUGUCCAGAUGCUGCCACCAAAGGAGAUGCCGAAGCAGAGAACAACACGCACCAAAACUAGAGCUAGAGAGCCCGUGACAUCGGAGAGCGACAAGGAAACUUUAGAAAUCCAUUCAUCCAAUGAGGAGGAGGUGCCUGUUCCCAGCAGUCCAGUCAGCAAGAAUAAGGAAGAGUUGGCCAAACACUUCACUCAGACUAAGCCAAAAGAGACUGAAGUUGAAAAGGAGGAGAAAGAAGUGGCAGAUUCUCCAAAGCCGAGGUCUACCAGGACAAAGAAGCGCCAGGCGAACGAGUCCCCAGUUAAACAACAGAGCAGAACCACAAGGACAAAGCGCAGGAAGGUUGAGGAGAGCGAGAAUGAAGUCCCAGCACCUGAGAAUAAAAGUCUGGUACUCACACUGUCAGACUCUGAAGAAGAGGAGGUUCAGAAUGCUACUUAUGUUAAGGGAGACCAGACCUCGAAACGUGAUCACUCAGUGGAGUCUGUUUCUUCGGAGGCUUCAGUGAAAUCUUCUGCUUCGACUGCUUCCUUCGCUUCAGCAAAGUCAACUAACUCUGUUGUAAAUGAGAAGCCAAAUGCUCGUCCUCAAGGCCAGAGGGUGACUCGCUCCAAGGUGAGGCAGCUGCCCAACUUGUGUGCAAGCCCCAAGAAUGCCACCGUCAAGAAAGGAAUGUCUCCUGCCAAGAGCAAUCCUGCUGGAACUCCAGGGAAGGCGAACUUCACCAGAGGGUGCUGCACUCCAAAGUCUGAAAGUGGAACACCAAAGGGUAUGCGACUACAGCAGGUUGAGCCUCAUGCCAGAAGUCCUGUGAAAUACUCCCCUCGACCUUUUGCCAGCAAAAAAACAGCAGCUUCUGUGCGAGACAUGGCAACUGCUUACCAGAAUUAUGUUGGAGAAACGCUAAAUGAAACAGAGGAGGUCGUAGCCACACCAGUGCGAGUGACUCGUCACUCUCAUGGAAAUGGCAGGACGCCAGACUCCAGAGGGCCAAGAAUAAACCCCGCCCGGACACCGUCACCACACUGUCCUCCUGAGAAGGUUAUCCGACCCAAAACUGGAAGCAUACAUAGUGGUAGCUCGAAUUAUGGAAGCUCGGGCAGAGUAACCCCCAAAACAUUCUCUAGAAUUAGGCCUGUGCUCGCUUCAUCAAAUGAAUAUGCAAAGGUUCAGAAGAAGGUCUGGACCCCGACAGAGGGCAACCGCACGAGGGCCAUCAUGACCACAGGUACGCCAAAUGAGGCCAAGCGCAUCAAGAACAUCGGCACCGUGUCGACCUUCAUCAAAGUGGCGCCCUCCAAGCCGUCACGCGAGGAGAUGGAAGAGAAGAAGCAGAUGGAGCUCUUGAAGAAGAGAGAGAGGGAGGAGGAGUCCAGGAGGAAGAAGGAGGAGCUUUUGAAAUCCAAGGCCGAGGACCAGAAGAGGCGCAAUGAAGAGAGAAUGCGCCGUGUACAGGAAGCUAGAGAGGAGAAGGAGAGAAAGGCUGUUGAAGCCAAGGAGCAGCAGGAACGUGAUAGGAGGCUGCGAGAAGAGAGGCUGAAGGAGGAGCAGCAGCGCAAGAAGCAGCAGCUCCUAGCCAAGAGACGCGCUGAAGAGGAGGCCAGGAACCGCAAAAUAAGAGAGCAGCAGGAGGAGGAGGAGAGAAGGCGACAGCAAGAGGAAGAAAGGAGAAUAGAAGAGGAGAGGAAAUUGGAGGAGGCAAGGAAGGCUGAAGAAGAGAGACGUGCUUAUCUUGCUGAGCAGAAACGUUUGCAAGACGAAGAGAAGAAGAGACGAAUUGCUGAAGCAGAACGUAUUCUUAGGGAACGCAAGGAGAUGGAGAAUCUCAGGUUGCGUGAAGCAGAGAGAAUUGCUCAAUUGAAGAUGGCUGCUGUUAAGAAGGCUGGACUGAAUGACACAUACAAUGCCAAUGACAACAAAGAAAACAGCAGCAACCUCAACAGCACUUUUACGAAGACUAGUGGCCAAACCCAAGCAAGCAGUCAAGGGAACUCUGGGCGUUCAAAUAGCUAUGACAUGACUCCUGAGAUGAAGAAACCAAAGAAGCUUGCUAAUGCCAACAACUAUGACAUUGGUGACAUUAAGAGUGAUGACUCUACGGAUGAUGAGUCAGCUCCUAAGAAGAGAAUUCCACCAUGGGCGCAAGGGUCACAGCUGAAGCUGUCUCUCAUCAACCAGGAGUACAACCCACCAGCCAUGGACGGCAUAUUCCCCCCAGAGGAGCUUCUCACCAUGCCUGAUCUCAGCCAAAUCUUUUCCAUCCAGCGCAGGAGAUUCUUCAAGCGCACGUCCUCGGCUAUUUGGAACACCCCACCUUCAAAGCUGUUUGAAUCAUAUUGAUUUAAUUAAAUAUUUUUAUUGAUUAGAUGUAGGGUUUUCAUCAUAGUGUCUACUUUUCAUUUUCUCUGUCUGUGAAUGCUUGAUGUGAAUGCGAAUGAAGGCUUAGAUAUCCCGAUUUUAUUUUUAUUUACAUCUGAUUAAAUGGUGUAUAGCAUGUAUGAAUAUUGUUCUUGACAAGUCUUUGUAUGUAUUUUCUUUAGAGGAAAUAAUUGGACUCACUUUUUUUUACUCAUUUUUAUGAUAUUUGAAAUUCAUAUUACCAAUUGCCAGUCGGUAAUUUUCAUUCAUAUUAAAGACUUUUUUUCCGAAAUACCUCUGUCCUCUCUUCUCCUGACCUUUCACACGUUUCAUACUUUUAAGCAAAGGGAAAAAAGUUUGCCCAUUGUUGUGUUAUUUAAGGAAGAGAAGAGGGCAAGACAUCACUUCAAGACCUAUCAUUACCUGUAAAUAUGUAUUUCCUGUAGGGACUUGAUCACAGUACGACUGUUGUCUUUAGUCUGUGCUCUGACCAUGAUCUGAAUGAGAAUAAACGAAAAGAAAAGAAAGGAGGGAUGAAUGAGACAAUAUUGUUGAUCUUCUCUGUGCUGUAUUGGAAUAAGUUGCAUACUCUUAUCUUUCUCUUCCUUCUUCCUCUCCCUUUCCCUCUUCGUCUCCUUCUCCUUUUCCCCUUAUUCUCUCCCUCUCUCUUUUCAUCAUCUUCCUUUUAGUAUUUAUCAUGGCAAAAAUCAUCAUCAUCUUUUCAUCAUUUAGAGACAUGACCAUUACAUGUCUGUUUUUUCACUUAAUGGGUAGUUUUACAAAGAAAUAGGUGUUCUAUUUAGAGCUUUACCAUUAUUAUUAUUUUUACUUUGAUUUAUUAAAGUGAAUUUUGAAGUUAUCCAGUCUCAGCAAAAGGAAUUUUUGUAUUCUAAUAAAUAGUAUCACCUUCACAUGAAAGUGUGUAGUUGCCUGUGUAAAUAAAAGAUAAAUAGGUGUUA